AAACAGUCAGAAAAGGUACACUGUCGUUAUUUGCGCUCCAGAAAGCGCAAUCAAAGGCACAUCGUUUUCUUUUACAGGCAUAUUUCUCCUAACGACAAAAUCCCCAACUUCUGUGGAAAAUCCGCGAAAAGGUCGAGUUUCAAGGUCUGUAGAACACUACUAAGAUGGCCUCUGCAGAAGUCAACUCUCCACUCCAGCUGAUGAGGAGCGUCAAAGAAGAGACAGAGGAGUUCAGCUUAGCUGACUCUCCAUCCCAGCUGAGCAUGAAAGAAAAAGAGGGAGAAGAGUUCCUUGAUUCUCCAGAACAGCUGAACGUAAAAGAAGAGACAGAGCAGUUCCUUGGUUCUGGAUACCAGCUGAACAUAAACAGUGAAGAGAACGAAGAGUUCCCUGGUUCUCCAGAACAGCUGAACAAGAAAGAAGAGAGAGGAGAGUUCCCUGCUUCUCCAUCACAGCUGAGCUUACAAGAAGAGAGAGAAGAGUUCCCUGGCUCUCCAGAACAGCUGAACGUACAAGAAGAGACAGAAGAGUUCCCUGGCUCUCCAGAACAGCUGAGUUUACAAGAAGGCAUAGAGCAGUUCCCUGGUUCUCCACCUCAGCUAAGCGGCGUACAAGAAGACUGUGAGAGAUCUGGGCACCUGCUACACUUCGGUUCCAGCGGAGCGGAGUUUAGUGGAAAAGCACAUUCUGCUGCCUUCACUACAGAGAGGCCGUACCCUUGCAGCCAGUGUGACAAGAGCUUUAAGACAAAACAUGAGCUCCAAAUGCACCACCGUGUUCACUCAGGGGAGAGACCAUUUUCAUGUACCGACUGCGGAAAAACCUUCUCACAGUCUUCUCACCUUCACAGACAUCGCCUCAUUCACACUGGAGAGAAGCCGUACGUUUGCAGCCAGUGUGACAAGAGCUUCAAGACAAAAAAAGAGCUCCAAGUCCAUCAACGUGUUCACACAGGGGAGAAACCUUUUUCAUGCCCCGACUGCGGAAAUAGAUUCUCACACUCUACUAGCCUUCAAAUACAUCGCCGCAUUCACACUGGAGAGAAGCCGUACAUUUGCAGUCAGUGUGACAAGAGCUUUAAGUCAAACUCAGAGCUCCAAAGCCAUCAGCGUAUUCACACAGGGGAGAAACCAUUUUCAUGCACCGACUGUAUGAAGACUUUCUCGUAUUCUUCUCACCUCCACGCACAUCGCCGCACUCACACUGGGGAGAAGCCGUACAUUUGUAGCCAGUGUGACAAGAGCUUUAGGACAACACAAGAGCGACAAAUCCACCAGCGCGUUCACACAGGGGAGAAACCAUAUUCAUGCACCGACUGCGGAAAGAGCUUCUCGCACUCUUCUAACCUCCGCGCACAUCGCCGCUCUCAUACCACAGAGAGACCAUUUUCAUGCAUGGUCUGUGGAAAGAGUUUCUCACGUUCUACUCACCUUCACAUACAUAGCCUCAUUCACACCGGAGAGAAGCCGUACGUUUGCAGUCAGUGUGACAAGAGCUUUAAGACAAAAAAAGAGCUCCAAAUCCACCAAUGUGUUCACACAGGAGAGACAACAUUUUCAUGCACAGACUGGAAAGAGUUUCUCUCUUUCCGCAACCCUCUAGGGCUCCAUUCUGGGACAACUAUUAUUCCAUCUGUAUAUGCUGCCACCACUCAGACAAAUCCUCAAGAAGAACUCAAUAAAUAACCGUAGCUAUGCGGAUGAUACCCAACUCUACUUAUCUAUGUCCCCCGGUCAAGCUGUACGUGCAGCCCUAGGCUACCGUAAUCGUUUGAAUUUGGUGGACUCUGGGUACGCUCCAAUAUGUGACCUUGCGUCCUCCACUUGUGCUUGAGCCCUUGUGCCAGGAAGUAAUACGUCAUGAUGACAUCACUGACAACAGCAUUAUAUUUCAAUGUCAUUGAAGUCUUCAAUUUUCUCAUUUGCAAACUGGAUGGUGAAUGAAGAAUAUUCCCCCAAAAAUUGUUGUGACUAGGCUGACAGUGGGGCAACUUAAUCGUUUUACCCACGGAGGCGGGGCAUCAGCAAAACGUGAGGCCACAAGCACAAGUGGAGGUUGCAAGGUCGCAUAUUGGAAUGCACACUCUGCCACUCUUAAGCCGGGCAUACAGUGUGCGAUAUUUUCACUCGUGGGCAGGGCUCUAAAUUAACGGGCGCCAACACGCCAAAUGCGGGUGAAAAAUCAUUUUGGCUGGUAGAAAAAAUCAUCCACUAGCCAAAUUGGCCGGUAGCGCGCCUCCGACUGAACGCUAAACAGCUGCCCGCACAGAUCUGUAGCUGCCGUCUGAUGAACGUUAAAACGUCGCCUAGCCCACACCCAUUGGCUGACCGUUAAUCACAAUAAGGCAGCCUCACAUCCAUUGGCUGCGAGUUUGAUACCCGCGCGCUGGAACUAGUGUUGAUAAAAUAUGUUCAGUGAGCGGACUAGCGCGGAUUACUUUGGUUUUGUAGGUUUUGGUCAGAUGAAAAAUAAUGUGGCAGUGGUUAAAGCACGGUUAUGUGUCGAUGACUGCAAGCAAUAGCAGCGUAACUGUUGUGACGGUGAAAUAGAGAAUUGGUGGAGCGAAAACGGCGUGAGUGAGUGGAGGGACAGGACAGCUGUUUGUCAAAACAGUGUCGUUGCCGUCAGAAGCCAUCUGAUAUUUGCGAGGUCCUCGCAACUACAAACGAUGGAAUUGUCGUUUCCUAAUAACGCCCACGCCAUCGCAAAGACCCUGCACGAGUUUGACAUGGAUAUACGAGUAAGUGAAAAAAAGAUAACAAAAACUAGCGACGAAAGUAACAAAGUAAGCAUGGUCUCUGUGGUCUUAUUAGAUAUCUAGUUGAUAGCGUAAAGGUAAUUGUCAUUCCAAGCGCAUUGUAAGUAAACCUGGAGGAACUUGAAGGUGUCACGCAGCAGCAGCAUAAACACACAAUGCAGACAUCAUUCACCCACUG